GUCUUUCUCGCGUAGCUCUCCCUGCUUUAUUCUUCGUGAACAACUAAAACGUAAAAAUGCCCGCGUCAUCCUCAAGUCCCGUUAUUGACGACACCGUACCUGGUGCAAAUAUUCCAACAAUCGAAGAGGAGCUAAAGAAGUUUCGAUUGUCGACCUACAAUGCCGAAAAAUUCGACAAUUAUAUCCAAGAACUCAAUAGUGCUUUGAAUCCUAUCGAACUUGCUUUUGGUCAAUCACUCGAUGCUGCCGUUGAACUGGAACGAUACAACAAAACAGACGAGGUUUGCAAAGAGACUGAUGCUAUUUAAAUAGAAUACUGCAAUAAUUUGCUCAUGUGAAUAAGCGAAUUGCAGGUAAAAUCGCUUCAAACAACUAUUCCAACGAUUGUUGAACUUCAACAUCAGAUCAAUACGCAAAAAAAGAUUCUUGAAGAACUGAAGCAGCGCCUUAGACGUGAGCCAAUGAGUGAUGUUCUAGACGCAUAUCAAAAGCAAUGGACCCGUGAAAAUGCAAAAUACCAAAUCCUCUCUGCAAAGAAAAAAUACAAGACACACGACUAUUACCAAACGUUUCGGCAAGAAGUUUGGGAAGUUAACCAUAGGGAUGAACAAAUUCCGGACAGCGAUGACGGUGAGGAUGAUGACGAUGAUGACGAUAUUGCCGUUAAUGCUGUCAAACAAGCAGUAAAGUGUCCUAUUACACAAACCUAUCUGGAGAACCCAGUGACCAGCCGUGUGUGCAAGCAUACCUACUCAAAACAUGCCAUUAUGGAGCUGAUAAGAAAGCACCGAGGUCGUGUUGCUUGUCCGAUUCCUGGUUGUCGAACGAUGUUGAAUCAUCAGAAUCUUCAAGACGAUACUUUAGCCGAACGACGUGUAGCAAGAGUUCGGGCCACAGAAAUGUCUCAACGACAAACAGAAUCCUUCUAUGACGUCGAGUAAAAAAAAUGGUGGGGGAGGAUUGUGUGGAUUUAUUAUUUGUUUUCCGUUAGUAGAAGCGUGCUUUGGAUGUGCAUGACAUGAGGCCUACGUAUAGAGAAAAAGUCAACAUAUCGCGUAAUUUACUACGUAUUAUCCUAUCAACUUAC